AUGCAAAGAAAAAACAACCAAACAGCCAUCACAGAAUUUAUUCUCUUGGGAUUCGGGAAUCUUCAUGGUCUACAAAUCCUUCUGUUUGUGACAUUCUUGGCUAUCUACCUGAUUACAGUCACAGGCAACAUCUUCAUAUUGAUUACCAUAUCACUCAGCCGAGGCCUUCACACACCCAUGUAUUUCUUCCUGUUUAAUUUCUCUUUCCUGGAGAUCUGUUAUACAACCUCAGUUGUCCCAAAAAUGCUGAAGACUUUUCUUAAAGUACGUGAAGCCAUCUCCUUCUCUGGUUGCAUUACCCAGUUUUAUUUCUUUGGCUCCAUGGCAGUCAUUGAAUGCUAUCUCUUAGCGGUGAUGUCUUAUGAUCGGUACCUAGCCAUCUGCAAUCCACUUCGCUACACAACCAUCAUGAACAUCAGAGUCUGCUUUCAGAUGGCAGCUGGUUCCUGGAUAAGUGGAUUCCUGACUCCCAUAGUGACUAUCGUGCUAACUUUCCGAUUGCCGUUCUGUGCCUCCAAUGAAAUUGACCAUUUCUUCUGUGAUUUAAACCCUAUUAUAAAGCUCUCCUGUGCUGACCCUCAUAUAGCAGAGAUGACCACAUUCAUUUUAGCAUCCAUGGUGACAAUGGUCCCCUUUCUUCUCACUUUGGCUUCAUAUGCCAAAAUUAUUUCGACCGUUUUGAGAAUUCCAUCUGCCAAAGGGAAGCAGAAAGCUUUCUCCACAUGUUCCUCUCACCUCAUUGUGGUGACACUGUUCUAUGUCACUUUAGGUACUGUUUAUGCAGCCCCAUCAGCAAAACAGUCACCCAUUCUCAAUAAACUCUUCUCUCUGUUGUACACUGUCAUCACACCCAUGCUCAACCCCAUGAUCUAUAGUCUAAGAAACAAAGAUGUCAAAGAAGCCCUGUGGAAACUCAUCUAUAAAGAACCUUAUUGUCCAUGCAUGGCCACCACUGUGGAACCAGAGGCAGCAUAUAAGGGAACCUCAACAGAAGUGGCGAUAGACCAGUGA